AGGCCAUCGUCCGAUCCCGCUCAUUGGCUGAGAGGUGGAGCGUGGGCCAGAUCCGCUGCUGAUUGGACAGCGCACGAACAGCUGGGGUCGCGUGGGUCACUGGAGGGAACUUCUGCGGCGCGUAUCUGGACGGCUGAAGGCUGUGGGCUGGAGUUGCCGAGUUCUUCGGCCAUGGCCUCGGAGAAGCCGCUUGUGGCCGUGACCUGCACCGCGCCGGUCAACAUCGCGGUCAUCAAGUACUGGGGAAAGAGAGAUGAGGAGCUGAUCCUGCCCAUCAACUCCUCUCUGAGUGUCACGUUGCACCAGGACCAGUUAAAAACCACCACAACAGCUGUCAUUAGCAAGGACUUCACCGAGGACCAGAUUUGGCUCAAUGGCCAGAAGGAGGAUGUGGGCCAGCCCCGCAUCCAGGCCUGCCUGAGGGAGAUCCGCCGCCUGGCCCGGAAGCGGAGGAGCACUGAUGACAAGGACCCGCCGCCCCUCAGCCUCAGCUACAAGGUUCAUGUUGCAUCGGUGAACAACUUCCCCACGGCCGCAGGUCUGGCCUCCUCAGCUGCGGGCUAUGCCUGCCUAGCCUAUGCCCUGGCCCAAGUCUAUGGGGUCGAGAGUGACCUCUCCGAAGUGGCUCGCCAGGGCUCGGGCAGCGCCUGCCGGAGCCUGUAUGGUGGCUUUGUGGAGUGGCAGAUGGGGGAGCGGGCCGACGGGAAGGACAGCAUUGCCCGGCAGGUGGCCCCCGAGUUGCACUGGCCCGAACUCCGAGUCCUCAUCCUUGUGGUGAGCACUGAGAAGAAGCCAACUGGCAGCACAGCGGGCAUGCAGACCAGCGUGGAGACCAGCCCCCUGCUCAAGUUCCGAGCCGAGGCAGUGGUCCCGGCUCGCAUGGCGGAGAUGACCCGCUGUGUCAAAGAGAGGGACUUCCAGGGCUUUGGCCAGCUGACCAUGAAAGACAGCAACCAGUUCCACGCCAUCUGCCUGGACACCUUCCCGCCUAUCUCUUACCUCAACGACAUCUCCAGGCGCAUCAUCCACCUGGUGAACUGCUUCAACACCCACCACGGGCAGACCAAGGUGGCGUACACGUUUGACGCGGGCCCCAACGCCGUGAUCUUCACCCUGGACAACACUGUGGCCGAGUUUGUGGCCGCUGUAAGGCACAGCUUCCCCCCUGAGUCAAAUGGAGACAAGUUUCUGAAGGGGCUGCCCGUGAGGCCCGCCCUGCUCUCAGACGAGCUUAAAGCUGCGCUGGGCAUGGAUCCCACCCCUGGCGGCAUCAAGUACAUCAUUGCCACUCAGGUGGGGCCUGGGCCUCAAAUCCUGGAGGACCCUCACGCGCACCUCCUGGGCCCCGACGGCCUGCCGAAGCCAGCUGCUUGACCAGUUCUUCGACAAGAGCCCUGGCCACCACUUGGAGAAGGGACGCUUUGCUGGGAGAAGGGGCUGCUUUGCUGGGACUAGGGAGCUGGCUGUGGCAGCGGCCGUGCUGUGCUUGUUGGGACUGGUGGGUAGCCACCUGGCUGCAGGCCGGGCAGUAUGCUGUGGCUGAGUGGGGGCAGUGGAGCGACUACUUGCAGGUACCAGGUGGUCAGGACCAGGGCCCCCACCAAGCGCCUCACCGUCCCCACCUACACCAGUGCUGUGCCGAGAUGAGGGCUGGGUUCAGGUGUGGGACCUGGGGGACCCAGCCAAUGGUGGUGAGCUGCCGGUGUGUCCCCCCAUGAAGGAUCUCUGGCCCUGAGCCCUGGAGCCACGCCCACUGACUGAAACAGGAGCUGGGCCACCGGAGAUGAUGGGGAGUUGGCAUCCCUCCAUGGAGCUGGAGGUCCAGUCACUGCGGGGAGCAGCCUCUGCAGGCUCCGGAGCCCUCCACAAAGGACUUAGAACAUGACAGUUGUCCUACCUCCUCUGCCAGAACCCAGGCCACUGGGUGUGGAUGGCAUGUUUCUUCAUAAAAAGAUCAGGAGUGUGUCUCCAACAGGAGAUGGGAGAGCAGCACCAUGGUGCAUUGUCACAGGGAGCCCUAUCAACAGGCCACGGGGAAUAAAACCAGCGUUGCUGAUUGGGUCUGG